GCAGCCCCAGCCCUCUAGUACAAUAUUUGUAAACAUAGUCACUUCCGGGCUUUACAUCAGUUCUCACCGUGGAUACUUACUACACUAGAAGUACAAUGGAAUUUCGCUGUUGGUCAAUUUUGGUCUGUACGCUCUUCUUCGCCUAUCGCUCAGUGGCUGGAGCACGAGGAGUCGACCUGGGGAUGUGCUCUGAUGACCACAUAAAGUGUUCGUGCGGCCCCCAGUCCAGCGAUAGAAUGUUCAAAGUGGAUAUAUCAAUCAGAAGAUGUUCCUAUUUUCACCGAUACAAGAUGUUCUGUAAGCCUUGCACGCCAUACAGGAGACCGGAAGUGUGUCGUCGUUUCCGACAUUGCGACACGUGCACCGCAAACCAGGAAGGGGGAUGUCUCUCGUGCCCACGCAACAGAUAUGGCCGAUUUUGUGAAAAUGAAUGUAGCUGUCAGAACGAAGGUACCUGUAAUCCGGACGGAUCCUGUAAUUGUUUACCUCAGUACAAUGGUACCAGCUGUGAGAAUAGUAACGUAUGCAGAUGUUUACACGGGGGAAGCUGUCUACCAGACAGGACCUGUGUGUGCUUACCGGAGUACGAGGGAGCACUUUGUGAACGACGAAAACGUGUGUCUUGUGGUCCCCCAUCUAUGCCAAUCCAUGUCAGGGUCCGGGCGGACGACUAUCUGGAAGGGAGUGUGGCCACGUUCUUAUGUCCUUCCUCAUAUGUUAUGGUGGGUCACAUGACGGUCACGUGUCUACAGUCAGGACGAUGGUCAGCUUCGUCACCUGUUUGUGAGUUCCAGUGUACCGUACCUGAACCUAAACCUCACCAGACUGUAGAAGUGAUUCCAACCAUCAUCAACACACCAGGGGUCAAUACAGAGCUCGUGAGAGAAGUACAGUUCUCUUGUCGGAGCGGAUACGCUGUCGACGGUGUGGCAAAUCUCCGAUGUCUGCCGAACGGAAUAUGGAACAGUGAGGUACCAAACUGUGUCCGAACCUGUGAUCCACCAAACCAGAUCCAGUACGGACGUGUCCGUGGAGACAAUUACCUAGAGGGCGCCAGUGUUGCGUACGAGUGUGACCAGGGAUACCGGAUGAUUGGAGCAUCAGCAAUGUUGUGCUUGGAAGGACAUUGGAGGGUCGAAGUCCCCCGAUGUGAAAGACGAGUCGAGUGUUCGCCACCCCGUACAAUCGCCCAUGGCGUGCUGCAAAGCAAUAGCACAACUCACCCCGUCGGCAGCUCCGUGCAAUACGUCUGUCAGGAGGGGUUUCGAUUGGAGGGGGCAAACGCGACUCGAACUUGCACGGAAGCCGGCCAUUGGUCCGGUGAAGAACCUUGGUGCGAAAGAGACACACUCUUUAUUGAGAACACGUGUUCUACGCCGGAAGUUCCUGUCCAUGGUUCUAUAAAAAAUCUACACUACAUCCAAGCAUUUACAGAAGAUGUUCGCUUGCUCUUCGCAUGCGAGGACGGCUAUGUCUUGGUGGGAGACAGUGAGCGAGCGUGCCGAGAAGAUGGUACAUGGAGCGGGACCUUACCUCGCUGUGUACAGGUGAUCACGUGCGAUGAUCCGGGGAUCCCCAGUAACGUCAUCAGACAGGUGAUUGUUCCAGAGCUGAGAAACAGUCGAAGAUCCCGUCUUCCUGACAUCCUACGUUCAGGCUUUGAUUCCCCGGGCGAUAACCAGAACACAGAUUUCACACUACCGGAGGGAAAGUUUCGCGUGUAUACGAGGCUAAACUACCAGUGUGAAUCCCAGUUCUACUACCGAGUGGGGUCCCGUCGGAGGAGGUGUAGGAGGGACGGCACAUGGUCUGGUCGUCAGCCGGCCUGUCUCCCCAUUUGCGGUAAGUCGGCCACUGCCCGCCUGCCUCUGGUAUACAAUGGCACCGUUUCCGGUAUCGGACAAUGGCCAUGGCAGGCCGCCAUGUCUCGCCACCUGCAGGAUAACUAUUGGUACAUCACGUGCGGGGGUUCCCUCGUGUCGGAGAACCUCGUUGUAACAGCAGCUCACUGCGUGACUCAUUAUGAGACGGACAUUCCGAUUGCUGUAGACGAUAUCGCCAUCUACCUUGGCAAGCACUACCGAUCCGACGUCCUGAACAGCACGUUUGUCCAGAAGAGAAAGGUUACGUCGAUCGAAAUACAUCCUCACUACGACCCCAGUACGUAUGACAUUGACAUUGCAGUGUUGUUCCUUGAUAGUCCAGUGAUCUUGACCCAUUACGUCAGACCUGUGUGUCUGCCGGAUCAGCUAGGCAGUGAGCGUCUAAUACGCCCAGGAAGAGAGGGCGUGGUGACAGGAUGGGGAGUCACGGAAAAUUCAAGAAUCUCCGAGGAGCUACGAAUGGCCAAAGUACAAACUACCACCAAUACGGAUUGUAUGGACAAAUACGCACAAGUUGGUUACCCGCAAACGAUCACAGAAAACAUGUUCUGUGCUGGACAGGAAGACGGAAGUAGUGACGCGUGUGAGGGAGAUUCUGGGGGACCUCUAGUCUUCCCUGAUACAGGUACAAUAUACUAUCACAGAACACGUGCGAUAGAGAUUCUGGGGGAUCUCUGGUCUUCCCUGAUACAGAUGCUGACCGGAAGUGGUACUUAGAAGGCGUGGUGAGCUGGGGCAGUCCCCUGGGGUGUGGAAUAGAGCUACAGUACGGAGUCUACACGAAGGUCAGAAACUGUCUGGACUGGCUUGCCAACUUCGUAUGACAAAAUUCUGAUGACUUACGACAAAAUACUGUGAUAUUAGAUAAGAUAUAUAUAUUGCUUUCGAAAGGGUAUGGAAUGUUGUGUAUCAAAUGACAAUGUUUACCUGCGGUAUCAAAUCAAGAAAUACCUCCUCAUGCAGUGAGAAGCCACAGUAUCAAACGAAGAAGUACGUCGCUGGCAUAUCCAACAAUUCUACUAGAAAAGAUAUCAACCUAGGAAGUCCGCAGUGUCCAACCAGGAAAUAGAUAUACGGUGUUAAAACAGAAAAAGAUGUUCGAUGAAAAUAGUGCAGAGAAAAGAUACCUUAAGAAAUAAGAAAAUGCCUGAUCAUUCCAAGGAAAUCAAUACUUGUAUCCUGGAUGCUAUAACUCUAGAACGAAGGCACAUGUGUUCACUGAAAAUUAAAAAUGUAUUCGACACUGUUUUUAUAGCAUUGCUCCGAGGUAAAAGUUCAUUGUCGUAUUUUUUCUUGUAGACAUGAAUACGUAGAAUACAUUCCCAGACCUAUUGUAGUGGAUCGCCAGUAAUAUAAUACACGAAUUAACGUUAUUGGUUUUAAAUCAUUUUAUACUUAGGAUUAGCAGGGAUACUAGAUUAUAGUACUGUACUACAUAUUUACUAGAAUUAUGUUUAUACUCCGAUAACGACACGUGUUACACGAGAUUACAGUAAUGGCAGUAUUUGUGUUGUUGUUUCAUGUCUUGUUCGUAGUAUCCAUGUUAUUGGAGCAUUGCCUUUGUCUACAUUAAUUGUUUCUGAUUAUCUAAGGUUGAUGUAUUUUUAUAAUUCUCAUGUCUGUGUAAGGAAGUUCAGUGCAAAUAAAUGACAUAAAACACUU